CUGCGGAGUUUUUGUCCUCUCUGCUCGCGUGAAUAGUCGCAGACAACCUUGUGAACGUACCUCCUUCUCUCCGUCUCCCAUUGUCCCGGUCGGCUUCUACCCCCUCUCAUCCGUCUGGUCUCUUGACCAGAAUCUAGACGAUGCGCUUAGCAAGGCUCGCGGCCUUCGCAGGCCUGAUAGGGGCCGGUCUAGCACACAACAUUCAACUAAAAGCACAUACGAGAGAAUGCUUUCACGAGGAACUGCACAAAGAUGACAAAAUGACCGUGACCUUCCAAGUCGGCGACCGUGAGAACGGCGGAUCCGGAAACCUAGAUAUCGAUUUCUACAUCACCGAUCCAGCCGGCAACUAUGAAACACAACUGAACACCGUCUCCUCAGGCGACCACUCGUUCGACGCGCGCGUGGACGGCAAAUACGUCUACUGCUUCAGCAACGAGCACUGGUCUGCCAACAGCAAGGAAGUAUCCUUCAACGUCCACGGCAUAGUAUACGUUCCCGAAUCAGAAGCUACGCAAGAUCCAUUGGAAGCUGAAGUCCGCCAACUAUCCGAACUCCUAGCCCAAGUCAAAGACGAACAAGCCUAUAUCGUCGUCCGAGAACGCACGCACCGAAAUACCGCCGAAAGCACGAAUGCGCGAGUCAAGUGGUGGUCGAUAUUCCAGUUGGGUGUGUUAAUAGGAGAAGGAGUCUUUCAGGUGUGGUGGUUGAAGCGCUUCUUCGAGGUGAAUAGCCGACCCCUUCCUUAAGCUCUGCCUGUGGAAAAAAGAGAUAUUGGGAACGUCGUUGAAGGUGCCGGCUGACACAUUUUGUGCUGCGACAGGUCCAGCGUGUUGUAUAAUAGCUUUGACGGGCGGGAUGUUUACGAGACAAAAAAAGUCGUUUGAUGUACCACAGCGGUGUGCAGGACCAAUGUUUACCUGCGGAAACAGCCAUCAGCGCAGAAUAUGGCGUUGUGUCAAUGGGACCGACCACGUCUCGAGCAAUCGUCGGAUGAUGUCGGCUUCAGCCUGCGCCUCUGUCGAUGGAGACAGCAGGCUACGAAAGGAUGCAGUGCGGAUUCGGAGUCGGUUCCGCAAGGUGACACGCGCAUGACCACUCAAUACGAGACACACUAGAUCCAAUGCAAUGCAGGAAUGAUUGUGCUGUGUUUCAAGUAUUCGUCACGAUCCAGGACAUCUAGAUUCACUUCAUGUAUAUCCGUGACCGGGUGCCACC